AUGGCGCCCAGCUUCGAUACUUUGUCCGAGCAGGACCUCCAUGAGGAGGAGGAGGAAGAGGUUGACUUCUCCGAUCUCAAGGCGCAGUAUGAAGUCAAACUCGAGGAGGGCCUGGACACAUUCAUCGUCAUCGACGGGCUCCCCGUCGUGCCCGCCGACAGCAAGCAGAAACUGGUCAAGUUCCUUUUGAGAAAACUCAAUGCCGUGGGCCACACCUCCGAAGAUGCGGUUUUCAUGCCGCUUACCGACAAGGGCAUGUCCGAAGGGUUCGCCUUUGUCGAGUACGAAACACCCGAACAGGCUGUCGCCGCCGUCAAGCAGCUGCACGGCACCCCUCUCGACAAGAAGCACACCCUGCAGGUGAACAAGUUGAUGGAUAUCGAGCGCUACGGUCGCGAGGGCCGCGUGGAGGAGGAAUACAAGGCGCCCGAGGUCGAGCCGUUCAAGGAGAAGGAGCACCUGCGCUCGUGGAUGGGUGAUGCCAACGCCCGCGAUCAGUUCGCCCUCUACCGGGGCGACAAGGUGGGCGUGUUCUGGAACAACAAGAGCAACCCGCCGGAAAACGUCGUUGACCGCGCUCACUGGACACAACUUUUCGUGCAAUGGUCCCCCAAGGGUACAUACCUCGCUUCCGUCCACCCGCAGGGUGUGCAGCUCUGGGGCGGCCCGUCCUUCUCGAAACAAAAACAAUUCCCCCAUCCGUUUGUGCAGCUGAUUGAAUUUUCGCCGCUUGAGGGAUACAUUACAACCUGGUCGUCGCGGCCAAUCCAGGUGGAGGAGGGCCAGCCGGUCCUGACCUAUGAGGAGGAUGGAAAGAACAUCAUCGUUUGGGAUAUCGAGUCGGGCAAGCCUCUCCGGUCUUUUGUCUCGCACGACCUAACCGCAGGCCCUAUCCCCGAGGGCGAGAUGCAGCCUAAGAAGAAGGUUCAAUGGCCCGCAUUCAAGUGGUCUCCGGAUGAGAAGUACGUGGCGCGCAUGCUCCAGGGCCAGUCGCUCUCCAUCUACGAGCUACCCCGGAUGAACCUGCUGGGUAAGACCUCGGUGAAGAUUGAGGGCGUGAAUGACUUUGAGUGGUCUCCGGCCACGGUCACCCGGGAAGGAAUAAAACAAUACGAGCAGCUUCUCUGCUUCUGGACUCCCGAAAUCGGCAGCAACCCGGCUCGUGUGGCGAUGAUGACCGUGCCAACGAAAGAGAUUGUGCGGACGCGAAACCUGUUCAAUGUGUCUGAUGUCAAGCUGCACUGGCAAUCGCAAGGUGCCUACGUCUGCGUUAAGGUCGACCGUCACUCCAAGUCCAAGAAGUCGAUGGCAACCAACCUGGAAAUUUUCCGGGUGAAGGAGAAGGGCGUUCCGGUGGAGGUGGUUGACAGCCUCAAGGACACAGUGAUCAACUUUGCUUGGGAGCCCAACGGCUCGCGAUUCGUUCUCAUCACCACGGGCGAGGCCGCGACCGGAUCCGCCGCCCCCCCCAAGACGGCCGUGUCUUUCUUUGCUACGGAGAAGAAGGGCAGCACAGCCGGCAACUUCAAGCUGGUUCGGACGGUCGAGAAGAAGACCAGCAACGGCAUCUACUGGUCGCCAAAGGGCCGGUUUGUCGUGGUGGCAACCGUGCACUCGCAAUCCAGCUUCGACAUGGACUUCUGGGAUAUGGACUUUGAGGGCGAGAAGGUUGAGGCUGAGAAGGAUCUGGCGGCCAACCUCCAGCUGAUGAAGACGGCCGAGCACUACGGUGUGACCGACAUUGACUGGGAUCCCACUGGCCGGUACGUGGUCAGCAGUGCCAGUGUGUGGACUCACUCGAUGGAAAAUGGCUGGAACCUGCACACCUUCUCCGGCACCACCCUGUCAGAGAACCCCACGGAAAAGUUCAAGCAGUUCAGCUGGCGCCCACGCCCCGCUACUCUGCUCAGCAAGGAGGAGCAGAAGCAGGUGCGCAAGAACCUGCGCGACUACUCGAAGGAGUUCGAGGAGGAGGACAAGUACGCCGUGGACAUUGCCAACACCGCCGUGGUGGAGACACGCAAGCGCGUGCUCAACGAGUGGAUAGCCUGGAUCCAGCGCGAGAAGGAGCUCAUCGCCGAGGAGAAGGAGGUCCUCGGUUUGCCCGAGGACGCCGACUCGCCCAAGAAUGCUCUGGAUGCACCUCCCGCCGGCGCGGACGAGGGCGAGACGGUGGUCGAGGAGUUGGUGGAGGAGAUCAUCGAGGAGACCGAGGAGGUCGUUCUCUGA